AUGCCUGCUAAAGAGGAGAAGCAGCUGGCUGGUAGCUUGGCUCAGCGCAAGUGCCUGUUUAAAGUUUUUGAUGCGCUUGAGCGGUUCAUCCGUGAUUACGAUCAUGAUCGCGACAGUUUCCAGUUGUGUGUGCGGAUUGAUUCACUGGACAAGAUGAACGAAACCUUCGCGGAGUGUCAGAGUGUGAUCGAGAAGCUGGAUGCACCAGAGGCUCUGGAUGAGCACAUCGAUGAACGAGUUGAGUUCGAGCAACGGUACUGCAAGGCAAAGGGUUUCCUUCUCUCGAAGCGCGCCGGGGAUCCUAACCAGUCGGCAUUGAACGAUUCGAUACACGCUCCACAGCAACAUCAAGCAAACUUCCACCUCCGUCUGCCAAAAAUCGACCUACCGAAGUUCAAUGGGGACUUUUCACGUUGGAUUUCAUUCCGGGACACGUUUACUUCGAUGAUCCACGUGAACGGCGAUAUUCCCACAGUCGCCAAGCUCCAAUACCUUCUCCAAUCUCUCGAGGGUAGCGCCAAGAAACCCUUCGAAUCGGUCGAUAUCGCCGCCGAUAGCUACGCUACAACUUGGGACGCUCUGCUGAAGAGGUACGACAACCGAAAAUACCUUAAGAAGCAACUCUUCAAGGCGCUGUACGAGCUGCCCGCAGUGAAGCAGGAGUGUGCAACACGCAUCCACGGUUUGGUCGACGAUUAUCAACGUCAUGUUCGCGCCCUAGCCAAACUGGGCGAACCGGUGGAAUAUUGGGACUUGCCACUCAUCUACCUGCUCUCGUACAAGCUGGAUCACGCCACACUACGUGCCUGGGAGGAGAAGACUAGCCACAAGGACGAUGUGAAGUAUGAUGAACUGGUGGAUUUUCUCUACCAGCGGGUGCGGAUACUCAAUUCCGUCGGGCCAGACAGUUAUCAACCAGCCUCGUCGAAGGUGGCCGGCUUCCAGCAGAAAAGCUUCAAGCAGAAAGUGUCGGUCAAUGCAUCAGCCUCAUCCACUCCCAGCUACUCCUGUCCGCUUUCCUGUUCGGACAGUCAUUCCAUCCGAAUAUGUCCGGUGUUUCUUGGGAAGAACGUCAGUCAACGCCGAGAGUUGGCUUCCCAAAAGCGCCUUUGUUGGAACUGCCUCAGCGUUGGUCAUCAAUCCAAGAAGUGCAAUUCCAAAUACAACUGCCGUACUUGUCAUGAGAAGCACCACUCGCUUCUGCAUGAUUUCACUCCAGCGAAGGUAUCAGCUACGCCAGCAAUGCAAGUAAGCACAACAGAGCCAGCCGUGUCGUCGAAGCCCGCUGUUUCUACAGUUUCCUCCGUUCAGCAGCCGCUUCCAUCCACGUCCCGCCAAGUUAGCAUGGCAGUUCAAACUGCAUGCACCAUGACGCUGCUUGAAACGGUUGUUCUCAACAUCGUUGACGACCACGGCAUCUCGCACAAGGCUCGUGCUCUCCUCGAUUCGGCAUCGAUGUCGAAUUUCAUUUCAAAACCGUUGGCGAAGAUCCUCUUCAGCCGCCGGUCUACAGUGGACGUAUCCGUCGCAGGCAUCGGAUCCUCCACACAGAAGAUUAGUAGUGCCAUUACAGCAACCAUCGAGUCGGGAGAUCGAACGAUCUCGAUGAAAUUGCAGUUUUUGGUACUGAAGCAGCCAUCGUCGGAGCUACCAACUACGCCGAUCGAUAUUUCAGCGUGGAAAAUUCCAAGCGUCGAGCUAGCAGAUCCACAGUUCAAUGUUCCCGGAAACGUAGACCUCGUCAUCGGCACACGGGACGGAAGAUUUCUCUGGGUGAAGGUUUUCCGUGGGUAG